GGUGCUGUUUUUUUUAAACCGGAAAAUGUUAAAGUGAAUAUAACCUAAGAUAUUUGCUACAAAAAACUAAGAUUAAAAACGAAUUUAGUUUGAAACAUUAUUGUAAUAAGUGAACAUUAAUUUUAAAUUAUAACCUACAACUGGUGUGUACAACUCUUAGUCAGGCUCUUAGUAUUUCCUUUUUCUUAUUGAGAAGAUGUCUAUGAGUAAAUAUAUGCAUCCUAGGAAUAUUUAUAAAACACCACCAAAUUUUAAAACUUUGGCAAUUGAAUAUCCAGAAUUUAGGAAGCAUGUGAAACAGGAGCUGACAGGGAAGGUAUCAUUAGAUUUCAAAGAUGUAGAAGCUGUCCGAGCACUGAGCCAGACAUUAUUGAAAAAGGAUUUUGACUUGGAUGUGGACAUCCCCUUGAAUAAAUUGAUUCCAACAAUACCUUUAAGAUUGAAUUAUAUUUUGUGGAUUGAAGAUUUGUUGGAGAUUUCAAAGCGAACUGAAAAUAUAAAGGGCAUUGACAUAGGGACUGGGGCUUCAUGUGUAUAUCCAUUAAUAGCUAGCAAGAAAUUGGGGUGGUCCAUGCUGGCUACAGAAAUUGAUUCAGAGAGUAUUGCAUAUGCUACUAGUAAUGUUGAGAGAAAUAGUUUAAAUACAAAAAUUAAAGUUAAGGGUAUAAUGGAUGAGAGUUUGCUAAAAGAAGCUGUUGGAGGUGAUGAAUAUGACUUCUGCAUGUGCAAUCCGCCGUUUUUCUCUUCGCAACAAGAGACUAUAUUUGAAUUUAAGUCCAGAAAGCAAACUAGACCGAGACCUAAAAAUGCGUUCUGUGCAGCGAAAGGCGAAGUCGUCGUUAAGGGAGGUGAAGUUGAGUUCAUUACUAAAUUGGUGAAUGAAAGCAGAGAGUUGCAGCAGAAAGUAAAGAUUUACACAACAAUGGUUGGACACAAAGUCAGUUUACAACCUAUAAAAAAAUUGCUGAGGGAGAUGGACGUACUCAGCUUUAAGCAAACUGAAUUUUGCCAGGGCAACACGACGAGGUGGGGCUUGGCCUGGACUUAUUGUGAUAUAGAUUUGAGAAAAAUUCCGCAUGCCACACUUGUAGCGCUGAAGAAGCAGAAAAUAAAACACCCAUACCAGUAUACAAUUCCAAUAGGCGACAAAGAUAUUUUAGUAGAAUCAGUUUCCACUCAAAUUCAAAACAUGUUCAAUGAGCUUAUGAUAGAUCAAAAAUUGGUGAAAAAGAGCAAAAAUGUGAUUGCAUACGAUAUAGUAGCACAUUCGAAUAGGUGGUCCAAUCAAAGACGCAAACGCAGGGAACAACAGCGAAUGAAUAGGAGCGACGAUUCAGGACACGAGUCUGUUGACGGUCAAGCUGUUAUGGAGGCAGCAAGCCCGAAGAGUCCACCGUGCAUAGAUACGGCCACGAAUCUGAUAUCGGAUUUGCAGGUUCGAAGUCCUUCGAAGCGAGAAUAUGAAGACGAUAACGGAUAUUACAAUUGCAAACGCGUUAAGCUGGAGGAUGAGAACACCAUGGAUGUCUGUGCUGUUUUCCUGAAAGCAUCCAUUAUUAUUAGAAAAGAUGUGAAUGGAUUGCACAUAGAGCUAAUUUGGGAUGAUGGAUUAGCCAACAAAGAUGUAUUGCAUCAAGUAUUACAAUAUAUAAAGAACAAUCUUAAAGUUGAGCAGCUUCUAUAAGGGUUUAACUUGAUUAGGCUUAAC